CCGCCACCGAAUCCAUCCUCGGCUAUUCUCUGACCAAGAAAAAGUUGGCGUGCCAGAUCGAAAAUUGGGGAGAGUUUGGCUUUCCCUCCUGACCUGUCGAAAUCGAAUCAUAGAAAGGUUCGCACUUCUCUCGCGAGCGAACAGUUAGCAUCCACCGCAAGAGGAAAGCAGCUCCGGCGAGCAUGGCGGGGAAGCUGACGCCGGAGCAGGCCGACGAGUGCAAGGAAAUCUUUGCCCUGUUCGACGCCGACGAGGACGGUCGCAUCGCCACGGGCGAGCUCGUGACGGCGCUGCGGUCGCUGGGCCAGAACGUGGACGAGGCCGAGGCGCGGCGGUUCCUGGAGGACGCGGGCGUCCCCGCGGGCGCCGGCGCCAUCGACCUCGCGGCGUUCCUGGCCGUGGCGGAGCGCAAGGCGGGCGCCAGGGUGACCGCGGGGCGGCUCGAGGAGUGCUUCGACGUGUUCGACGACGCCCGGAGCGGGUCCAUCCCCGCGGAGCAGCUGCGGCAGGUGAUGGUCAGCCACGGCGACCGGCUCACGGAGGAGGAGGCCGACGCCAUGCUCCGCGAGGCCGACCCCCGCGGCGAGGGCCGCGUCGAGUACAAGGAGUACGUCAAGGUGCUGCUCAGGGACAAGUGACUCGGUGGCCACGAGCGAUCGGACAGGACGGGGGGCCCCUGCUGGAUCAAGAUUCAGUAUCUGUAUAUCCACUUUGUGUCAGCGUUGAUGAAUUCUGAGCGUACCACUGAACCAGUUUGCACUGGCGGUUACCAUUGCACGG